UUCUUUCUUUCUUUCUUUCUUUCAGUGAGUGUCGAGAUUCUCAGGAGAUUAUAUAAUUUUUCAACCAGGGUCACCUCUCCAGGUGAUGCCAUCCAUUUUCACAGAUAAGACGACCUGGGGAAACGCGCUCGGAGCGACAGCUUUUCACCAGCAAGUUCGUUUUGAAAGUGUCCACCACUAGCCUACUCUCACCGGGACCAUGGCGAUCUGUCCGCAGUUACUGCUGCUGCUGAUGCUCGGGUGGAGCUAUCUAUAUGGUGGCUAUUGCGCCAUGAUGAAAGAUCAUUUCACAGAUUUAAGAAUAAAAGGUGAAUCUGGGCACUCCAGUGCGACCCGGGGGGACAAAGACCGCUCAGAGAAGAAUGAGCACGACCUGCUUUUACGUGAUAUUAUGACGGAACACAUGCAGAUGCUUUACGAGCAAUACAACCGUGCAGGAUUUCCUUUCAAGGACGGGAAUACUGUCCGCAGCUUUAAAGCGCACUGGGGUAUGUAGCUGAUUUAUCCAAACGGCCGCUGCGUGUUUUAAGGUACCAUGAAGCAACCAUCAUACUACCAUAGCAUGGGUUAUAGGGUUUCUAGAGGCUGUAGUUUCAUGAUUUUAUUGCUAGUCAUUCAAUUGUUCUGUGGUGUAUAGUUUGGACUAGGUUGAAGCACCUGUUGAUCCAAAACCCCAUCCAAUAAAACGUGGAGUCUGUUAAACCAAACGGAACGGCUGCUUCACCUGUUGCUUAGUAUGGACAUUAUUCGGACGAACAGUAUUUCAAGCCUGUUACACAUGUGCACAUGACAAUGUGACUGGUAUAAAUUCCGUCUUUGUGUGUUAAAUCUGCAUAUUCUCUAAAUUUAUGAAGAUUAUGUAUUCGAAUGGCUGGACUAAACUCGGCUGGUGUGGCCUAUUUAACUCUUAAAUAUAAAAAAAAUUACUUUCAAGAGGCCGUUAUGUAGUUAUCACUGUAGCUACACUGAGUGUACAAAACAUUAGGAACACCCUCCUAAUAUUGCAUUGCACUCCCUUUUGCUCCCAGAACAUCCUCAAUUCGCGGGGGCAUGGACUCUACAAGGAGUUGAAAGCGUUUCACAAGGAGGCUGGCCCAUGUUGACUCCAAUGCUUCCCACAGUUGUGUCAAGUUGGCUGGAUGUCCUUUGGGUGGUUGACCAUUCUUGAUACACAUGGGAAACUGUUGAGCGUGAAAAACCCAGCAGCGUUGCAGUUCUUGACACACUCAAACCGGUGCGCUUGGCACCUACUACCUUACCCUGUUCAAAGGCACUUAAAUAUUUGCUCUUGCCAUUCACCCUCUGAUUGGCACACAUACACAAUCCAUGUCUCAAUUGUCUCAAGACUUAAAAAUCCUUCUUUAACCUGUCUCCUCCCCUUCAUCUACACUGAUUGAAGUGGAUUUAGUGACAUCAUUAAGGGAUCAUAUCUUUCACCUGGAUUCACCUGGUCAAUCUAUGUAAUGCAAAGAGCAGGUGUCCCUAAUGUUUUGUACACUCACUGUAUAUAACCACUGAUAUGAUAGAGUCCUACAAUCUCUUUCCACAGCAGUGGGAUUAUAUUUGCGCCUGCAGCCAUGCAGUGGUCCUCUGUAGCUCAAUUGGUAGAGCAUGGCGCUUGUAACGCCAGCGUAGUGGGUUCGAUCCCCGGGACCACCCAUACGUAAAAAUGCAUGCACACGUGACUUUAAGUCGCUUUGGAUAAAAGCGUCUGCUAAAAUGGCAUAUUAUAAUAUGGAGGACGCAUCACUGUAUCUGUCCCACUAUGACGUCUGUGAGAUCAUGGGUAGCGCCUUUGAGGUAGUCCAUUUUCUUCUUCUAUUACUUCUAUGAGUUGGCAAACAAACUGAAAGGGUGAAUACUGCCACCUGGUGGGUGCUGUUUGAACAGGUAUAAAGCUAAGAUUUACUGCCACCUGUAGGGUGCUGUUUGAACAAGUAUAAAGCUAAGAUUUACUGCCACCGGGAGGGUGCUGUUUGAACAGGUAUAAAGCUAAGAUUUACUGCCACCUGGAGGGUGCUGUUUGAACAGGUAUAAAGCUAAGAUUUACUGCCACCUGGAGGGUGCUGUUUGAACAAGUAUAAAGCUAAGAUUUACUGCCACUUGGAGGGUGCUGUUUGAACUAUUAUUAUUAUUACAGUUUUUUCCGACUGCUUACACACAAAAUCUUUUCAUGUCACACGAUUUUUGAAACCUCUCACUCAAAGUGCAAAACUACACACCAAAUCUCCAAAACCAUAAGCUAUUUCUCAGCCUUUGACUCAGUUGUCAAUUGCAUAAAACACUUUUUUCAAAACACUACACACAAUUCUCUACCUAAAACACAAAAAUCUAACAGGAAGUGACUUGCUUUCCUUUUCCAAACACAACCAUUCAAAAUGCUACACUUAUUCACCAGGUCACACACACACUCUUCACAUCUGCAAACACUAAUUGCUUAACUGAUCACUAACCAAUCACUGCUUUACUGUACUAUAGGCCUAUAAAUAGGUCAAAGGUCAGAUUACCUGUUUUGAACAAUGGAUGCCAACAAUGGACAGAGAGAAAGAGGAGUAGGAGGGAGAGGCAGGGGACAACAACGAGGACAAAUUCAAAGACGAAGUGUUGGAAGAGGAGGAGAAGGAGGAAGAGGAAAAUGAAGAGGAAGAGGAAGAAGAGGACGAGGGCAAAGAAGAGAAGGAAGGAGAUUUAUUUAUGUGGAUGAGGUUGGCUUCAACCUCACCAAAACCAGGCGCCGCGGAAGAAAUGUAAAAGGACAGAGGGCAAUUACCAAUGUCCCUGGACAGCGUGGGGGGUAAUAUAACUAUGUGUGCUGCCAUCACUCAAAACGGGGUCCUCCAUCACAAUGCCACACUGGGUCCGUACAAGACCGGCCAUAGGCUCACUUUUCUGGAUGCAAUUUACACAAUGCUUGUCCCUGAUCCAGAUCAGGAGCCUGCUAGAUUUGUGGUUAUAUGGGACAAUGUUAGUUUUCACCGGGCUGUUUUGGUCCAAAACUGGUUUGCCACCCAUCCACAAUUUGUAGUUUUGUACCUACCCUCAUAUUCACCUUUUCUAAAUCCCAUAGAGGAAUUCUUCUCAGCCUGGCGCUGGAAAGUGUAUGAUUGCCAACCCUAUGCCCGCAUGCCGCUUCUCCAGGCAAUGGAGGACGCAUGUGGGGACAUAGAGGUUGCCUCUGUCCAAGGUUGGAUACGCCAUGCUAGGAGAUACUUCCCUCGAUGUUUGGCAAGAGAAAACGUAUCUUGUGAUGUGGACAAAGUAUUGUGGCCAGACCCAGCCCGGAGAAGAGAUGAAGCGUAGCUUAGCACUGGUGACUGCCCACCCCCCUACCAAUUCCUGGACUGCCCCCCGGGACCCCACACACACAAUUGUGUUCUUUACUGUAUUCUAAAGAAUAUACUUUUGGUUUACAUAUGUUUAUGGUUUUGUUGUGUGCUACUGUAUACAACAGUAAUGUUUGGCCUAAUAAAUAUUUUCUGUUUAUACAUUGCAUUGGUGUUUACAGUGUACUUGUUACCCCUCUCAGCAGAUUACUUUCACUGUAGAACAUUGUAUUGAAAUGUAGAUAUAAGCCUAUGAAAGACCAAAGAGCUUUAGAUUUAGAACAACAGUGUUUACAUGGUAUAUCCAAAAAUGUACUAUUAUGAAAGAUGUGUUUGCCAUUUGAUGCAAAUGCUUCAUUCUGACAUGUGUUUAUGGCAUUUUGAAUGCAGUGUUACAUUUUGAAGGAGAUGUGAGGCAUUUUGCAUUUUGUGUGUGCAGUUUUGGGAAUUGUGUGUAGAGUUUUGAAAAAAGGAGACAUAGUUUUGAAAACGUGUGUAAGCAGUUGGAAAAAACUGUAUUAUAACUAGUAUAAAGCUAAGAUUUACUGCCACCUGGAGGGUGCUGUUUGAACAAGUAUAAAGCUAAGAUUUACUGCCACCUGCAGUUACGGAAUGUUUGCUCACCAGUAUAAUGAAUUGGCUGAUCCCUCCUGAUGACCUGGAUGGAAUCAUGUGAUCCUUCCUUAACCAAUAGGAAGUCCCACCCAGGUGACUACAUCAAAAUGGUGAAAGUCCUCAAUGGUGCUGCCCAUGCUAAUACAGGCUUUUGGCCACUAGAGGCCGCUAUCGUUCUCUAUGGUAGAACCCCAGUCCGGUUUCAGCACCCAUACAUGAGAUACUACUGCCUCCUACUGACAUGACUUGAUAAUGCAGGACGGAUAGGCUGGGUUCACUGCGGUCAGUGCCAAUAACGGUCCGACAGUGACCUGUACCCAGGGAAGACCAGCCCCCACUUUCAAUUGGCUCCUGGCUGCUUCUCUUUCUAUUGGCUCCUGGCUGCUUCUUGCUCUACGGGUCUACAGAGUUGGAUCUCACUUAGCAUCAGAACUACUGCGAGAGUUGGGUCAUGAAGCCAGAGAGGAUGGGUCGGAGUCAUAUUUCACUGUUAGUUUCAAACACAAAAUAAUUUAACAGUUUCAGUUAAUAAAACUGAUGACUGUUUAUUUUAGAUGAUGGUACUGCUGAUGACGCGGUACAUGCGGUGUACUUGCUGUGAGUGUCACCCUCUGACACUGGCUACAGAAUAGUAGUUACAUGUCACACUGUUGCGGGACUGCAGUGCUUGGCAAACAGGAGCGAAGGACGCUGUGUCCAGGUGUUGUUGCCAUUCACACUCCAGGUGUUGUUGACUGUAUCACGUGACAUCUAGAUGGCCAACAUGAGUUAUUUAUUGUGUAAACCUCUAUCCUAUAUGAAAUAGAUGGCUACCAAUAUGAGUUAUUUAUUGUGUAAACCUCUAUCCUAUAUGAAAUAGAUGGCUACCAAUAUGAGUUAUUUAUUGUGUAAACCUCUAUCCUAUAUGAAAUAGAUGGCUACCAAUAUGAGUUAUUUCUUGUGUAAACCUCUAUCCUAUAUGAAAUAGAUGGCUACCAAUAUGAGUUAUUUAUUGUGUAAACCUCUAUCCUAUAUGAAAUAGAUGGCUACCAAUAUGAGUUAUUUAUUGUGUAAACCUCUAUCCUAUAUGAAAUAGAUGGCUACCAAUAUGAGUUAUUUCUUGUGUAAACCUCUAUCCUAUAUGAAAUAGAUGGCUACCAAUAUGAGUUAUUUAUUGUGUAAACCUCUAUCCUAUAUGAAAUAGAUGGCUACCAAUAUGAGUUAUUUAUUGUGUAAACCUCUAUCCUAUAUGAAAUAGAUGGCUACCAAUAUGAGUUAUUUAUUGUGUAAACCUCUAUCCUAUAUGAAAUAGAUGGCUACCAAUAUGAGUUAUUUCUUGUGUAAACCUCUAUCCUAUAUGAAAUAGAUGGCUACCAAUAUGAGUUAUUUCUUGUGUAAACCUCUAUCCUAUAUGAAAUAGAUGGCUACCAAUAUGAGUUAUUUAUUGUGUAAACCUCUAUCCUAUAUGAAAUAGAUGGCUACCAAUAUGAGUUAUUUAUUGUGUAAACCUCUAUCCUAUAUGAAAUAGAUGGCUACCAAUAUGAGUUAUUUAUUGUGUAAACCUCUAUCCUAUAUGAAAUAGAUGGCUACCAAUAUGAGUUAUUUCUUGUGUAAACCUCUAUCCUAUAUGAAAUGUAAUCCUGGGAGGGGGGAAAUGGGCCAGUAGCCUGAUCUCUAAUUGAAUGAUAGGGUUUGUGGACCCGGCCUAUAUAGCCUGAUCUCUAAUUGAAUGAUAUUCUGCUCCAGGUCUGAAACUAAAUUGAAAGAUAGAGAUGCUAUAAUUCAUAGAGAUGCUAUAAUUCAUAGAGAUGCUAGAAUUCAUAGAGAUGCUAGAAUUCAUAGAGAUGCUAGAAUUCAUAGAGAUGCUAGAAUUCAUAGAGAUGCUAGAAUUCAUGUAAUUCUAUGGAUUUGUGGACCUGUCUGGACUAUACUCUCUAUUCUGACUGCCCCUUGCUGUUCCUCCUCCAGGCACCAUCAACAACCAGCGGCUCCAGAUCUUCAACCUGACGUCUCUCACCAAGUCAGAGGCCGUCCUGUCGGCUGUGCUCCACUACUACAUAGGAGACCUCCCGAACAGCAUCCAGCACCCUGGCUGCAGCAGCAGCACCACCGGGCCCAGGCCCAGGAGCUGUGGAGCCCCCUCCCCGUCCCGCCACGGCCCCAGGAGACACAGCCACGUCCAGAUGGGUGUCUGGAGCUUCGCCUCAGUGGAUAACCACACCAGGACUUUGGGCCACUUUGUGAUCAACGUGUCUACACUGUACAGGGACUUCAUCUCUUGGCAGUGGAAGGACGUCACCCGGGUGGCGAACCAAGCCAAGCAUCAUGAUGAGCUUCUGAUCGGGAUAGACGUGGCAUCACAGCCUGGACCCAGGCCCUGGAAGAAGCUCCUCUCAGACCGCUCUCCAUACAUCCUGGUCUACGCCAACGACUCGGACAUCUCCGAACCCCAGAGUGUGGUGUCGACACUACAGAGGCAUCAGAGGCAUCAAACCACGACGACCACGGAAGAAAGGGCGUUCGCCUACGGCUUCCAUAGACUGGGCCUGCACGCUCAGAAUAACACCGGCGCGCAACAACAGGCGCCUCCGCACAGACGCCGGCGCUCGCCUAGCGUCCUCCUCCCGCUCCAGAACAAUGAGUUACCGGGACCGGAGUACCCGUACGAGACGCCGGUCUGGGACAAGACCAGCUCCUACGAACCGCCGGAGAACAAGCCAGUCCAUCGGCCGAGGAAAAAGACGCGCAGUAAGAGCCAGAGGCACGGCGGUAAGAUGCUGCGGUUUGACGAGCAGACGAUAAAGACGUCUCGUAGGAAGCAGUGGAACGAACCACGGAACUGUGCUCGCCGCUACCUGAAGGUGGACUUUGCAGACAUUGGUUGGAACGAGUGGAUUAUAUCUCCCAAGGCUUUUGACGCCUACUACUGUUCAGGGUCAUGCCAGUUCCCCAUGCCUAAG